GAAGAGAUUUUUUUAAAAAAAGAAAGAUGAAUCAGAACAUGAUCUCAUUUUUGAUCGGAAUAGUUGGGGCAACUUUUACGCUUGGAGCAUAUUCGCAAACAUGGAUGACUCCAACACAGAGCAUAACAACUGGUCUUGUAACUCUCAUGUUUGGUCUUCUCGUCCGUGAAGGUUUCAUCUCCCUUUAGAUCUUUUUAUUUUCAUUUUUGUUUAUGAACAUCUUCUCCUUUUUUUCUAUGUUUUUUACUUUGGGGUCUGUAAUAAAUCAUUUUACAGAGCUAUAUGUCAUAUGUGGUUGAUCGAUUACUAAUUUUGUUACUUACAGUUUGAUUGUGGUAUUUACAAAUGUUAUUUUA